CCACGUUGAUGCAGUUGACAGGAUACAAAUGCCGGCAAAAUCGUUGAUUUUUCGGCUUUUUAGGAUCAACCUUGUAACACACUGUGUCGAUUUAGGGACUUCAACAAUUACUGGUAGUAUAUAAUUUAUCAGUCGGAUAGAACUAUUGGAUAGAGGGUGGUUCUGAAGGGAAUUACAGGAUGAAAGUUAAAGAGAUCAGCAGGACUGCUAACAUAGCAUGGAGUCCUGCCCAGCAGUACCCUGUUUAUGUUGCUGCUGGGACUGCAGCCCAACAGCUAGAUGCUACCUUCAGCACCAGUGCAGCACUUGAGAUCUACGCCUUGGAUCUAGCCGACGCUUCGGUUGAUAUGCAGUUGAAAUCUACCCUCAAAACUGAACACAGAUUCCAUAAAGUUGUAUGGGGAAACUACGGCAUGGGGAAUGAGACAAAGCCGAGUGGCAUUAUCGUUGGAGGCACAGACAGUGGAGUGAUUCAUAUCUACGAUGCUGCAAAGCUUUUAAACAACGAAGAGGCCUCUAUCUCAGUUAUAGAAAAGCAUACAGGCUCGGUGAAAGCCCUUGACCUCAACCCAUUCCAGCCAAACCUCUUAGCGUCAGGAGCCAGCGAAUCAGAGAUCUAUAUUUGGGAUUUGAAUAACUUAACCACACCCAUGACCCCAGGUGCCAAAUCAGUGCCAACAGAUGAGAUCAGUUGUGUGGCUUGGAAUCGUCAGGUUCAAUACAUCCUGGCAUCAACGAACCCUGGAGGGCGCUGUGUGGUAUGGGAUCUGCGCAAGAACGAACCAAUCAUCAAAGUCACUGAUCACAGCAAGAGGAUUCAAUGUAAAGCAGUAGCCUGGCACCCAGACGUUGCAACACAGAUGGCACUAGCCUCUGAAGAUGACCAUUCACCAGUUGUUCAGAUUUGGGAUCUUAGAUUCGCUACAUCCCCCCUAAAGGUUCUUGAAAAUCAUCAAAGGGGAGUACUCUCCAUUGCCUGGUGUCGCCAGGAUCCAGAUCUUCUGCUGAGUUGUGGUAAAGACAAUCGUAUCCUCUGCUGGAACCCCAACAGCUCAGUCCCAGGAGGUGAGGUUGUUUAUGAGCUACCUACUUCAUCUCAGUGGAGCUUUGACGUACAAUGGUGUCCACGCAACCCGGCAGUCAUCGCUAGCUCAUCAUUUGAUGGUCAUGUAAUGUUUUACUCCUUGAUGGGCGGGGGAAAGGGGGAUGAGCAAUUGCAGCAACGCCAAGCUGACAAGCUUGCAUCUUCCUUUCCUGACACUGCUGGCUUUAAUCAACCUCAGCAAUCAUCCCAACAAUCAGCUGAACCCCAAGUCUUGAAGAAACCUCCAAAGUGGCUAAGACGACCUGUAGGAGCAACGUUUGGGUUUGGUGGGAAACUUGUGUCCUUCGAGGUCUCCAAACAGCAACCUUUGAGUCGUGUUUACAUCAGCCAGGUCGUCACGGAAACAGAGCUUGUCAAUCGCUCCAACGCCCUGGAGGAGUCUUUGACCAACAGGAAGUUUGUUGACUUCUGCAAUACGAAGGUUGCCAUGGCAAAAGACAGUAUGGAGUCACAAAUAUGGAAAUUCAUGAAGGCGAGCUUUGAGAAGGAACCACGCCCACAUUUCGUCUCCCUCCUUGGCUUUGAUUCAGACGAGCUUGCCAGGAAGGUUGCUCUAGCAACAGGAGCACCUACCGGAUUGACCAAUGGGAUGCCGGGAGCGGUGGAUGCCGAGGAAUUAGCCGAGAGGAUGGAGAAUCUUGAUGUAGGGUUCUCGGGGUCAGAGGCCACACUAGGGAGCGGGACCGGGUCACCUGCAGUAGGGUCAAAGACACCAAGUGACAUGACAGGAGACUCUGACGGAGCAGCAGCAUUUGAUGCCAUAGCGGCUGGUGGACCUGUGGAGGUUGAAAACCAAAUAGAUGAAGAGCCAAGAGCUGCGUCUCCUUUCACUAUAUCCAAGAAAGAAGAUACUGAGGGUCUGAUAAGUCAAGCCGUUCUUACAGGAAACUUUGAAGCAGCUGUUGAGAUGUGUCUCCAUAACGACCGAAUGGCGGACGCCAUCUUAUUAGCUAUUGCUGGAGGGCCAGAACUUCUUGCUAGAACACAACGAAAAUACUUCAAGAAGACCAAGAGUAAUAUCUCAAGGUUGAUAUCAUCAAUUGUAACGAAGGAUCUAUCGGACAUUGUGGAUUGUUGUGAUCUUGAGAACUGGAAGGAAACACUGACAGCGUUGCUUACCUAUGCAUCGGUCAAAGAUUUCUCAACGUUAUGUGAUACUCUCGGAGGUCGACUGGAGUCCCAAGAUGACACUGAUCUCUCCGCUGAAGCUUGUUUGUGCUAUAUCUGCUCAGGAAAUGUAGAUAGACUUGUUGCUUGCUGGGCUAAGAUGAUGCAUGGGGCAAACUCACCUCUUAACCUACAGGAUCUGGUUGAGAAGGUGAUGAUCCUGAGGAAGGCGCUUCAACUAAAGACAGGCAACGGGACAGAGGUAACCUCUCCAAUCCUAGCCGAGAAGCUCACCAGCUACGCUGAGCUGCUCGCUGCUCAGGGGAACAUGUCCUCCGCAACGGGAUACCUCGGGGAUUCGAAUCAGCCUAAGAUACAGGAGUUGAGAGAAAGACUGUACCGAGCGCAGGGAAUGGCGUCUGGUGUAGUUGUUCAGAAGAGUACGCUUGGAGUGGCACCCACAAGGCAGUCAACGGCAGAACAGCCUCAGAGAUCUCCGUUCAGUAGGCAGAAUGUCUCUAACUCAUUUAAAACAACGACUGUCUCCAGUAGUCAGUACUAUACAUCCCAAGUUAGUGCCACACCUCAGACGACCAAUUACAACUACAACCAACCCACUCAACAACCAGUUCAACCCCAGGCAGCUGCCGGCGACGCCUCAGGCAGACAGCGUAAUUCUAGCGGUGGUAACCUCAACGCUAAUCUCUCUGGUCCGCGUCAGUAUCCAGACUACCAACAAGCCGGUAUGCAACAGUAUUACCACCAUGAACCUACACAGGAGCAGCUACUGCAGCAACGGAGAGAUCAGUUUCCCAACCCCAGUGUCUACAACCCGGCAGAUUACAAGACAGCCUCACCCGCAGCACCACAGGGGUUAGCUGGUUACCCACAACGGCAACAGCCAACGAGUGCACCACCAGCAGCCCCAACAGGGUAUCAGCCCAACAUGGCAACCCCUGUCCCCGCUUCAUUGAAACCUAAGGCAGUUGUUGGAGCUUGGAACGAUCCUCCAUUAAUCAAACCAAAGGAACAGAAAAGUUACGUUGCCCCUGAACCCAUCAUGGCACCCAUUAUAGGAUCAGUGCAGGAGACUCCACCCGAAUCGCCCUCAGCGGUACCCGGUAACCCAGGGGUAUACAACCCAGCCAUGGUCCCUAAUCAGCAGGUAUAUGCUAAUAACAGCAUGUAUAACCAGCCUAUGGGUAACCCACUUCCAUCUGCACAAAAUGCUCAAUUUGCAAAGGCUCCAGAGCCAGAGACACCAAAAGCACCCAUUCCUGCCGAGCACCAGUAUUUGGUUGAGACGUACGAUGCUCUGGUUAAACGAUGUCAAGAAGCAGCUGGUAGUAAUCCGCAAAUGAAGCGAAAACUGGAAGACGUUAUUAAGAAGUUGGGAAUUCUCUACGACAAACUACGAGAAGGAAUGUUAUCACCAAUGAUCUUAAGUGGUCUUCAUGAGAUUGCUCAAGGCAUCCUAACCUAUGAUUACCAGACGGGUCUCUCCGUUCACAAACGUCUCGUCUCCAGCGUCUACUUCUCUGAGAUCAGCACCUUCAUGCCGGGUCUUAAAGUCCUACUUCAGGUCGCUGUUCAACUUAGAGUAUGAUCAUUGGUCUAUUUGUACCAUGUGAUUGAUUCCAAUUGGUUCAAGCAUACCAUGUAACAUGAUCACAUGGGAACUUUAAUCGAUAGAUGAACCUGAUUGGUUACUGAGGAUCAUGUGAUCUUUUCUGAUUGGUUUAUUACCAGAAAACCUCAUUAAAUACGUACGCCGAUUUGGUUGAUUUCCACCAUGUGAUCCACUCUUAAAGGUUUGAUUGGUCGUAUAUUGUAAGCUUAUUGUAAAGUCCCCGUUAAGAGCCAAAUAUUUUUUAACGUAACUAUCUUUUAGUGUUUUUGGUGUCAAAUUCGUACAUUCUCUGUUGCAAUUCUUCCAUUCUAUGUGCCGAUAGCUUUUUUUAAUGGAAAAAUGAAAAAAGCUUUGAAAAACACUGUUGCUUUUACUCAAAAUGCCCCACACCCAUCAACUGAAUGUUUUGU